AUGGAUACCAAAGAACCCCAACAGCCUGCCCCUGCUGCUCAGCACUCUCAUGAGUGGUCUAGCUCGUUCUGGGACUGUUUCUCUCCCACCGAAACCUGUCUCGUCGGCUGGUGUGCACCAUGCUGCCUGUUCGGCAAAACCCAAUCUCGCCUCCAGGAUCCCGCUCUGAAGGAGCACAGCUACGCCAACGGCGAUUGCUGCCUCUACGCGCUCUCCAGCUACUGCGGCCUCUACUGGGUCCUGCUUAUGAUCAAGCGAGGUCAACUCCGUGAACGCUUUGGAAUCCAGGGCUCCGCGUUCGAAGAUUGCUGGCAGUCCUACCUCUGCCCGUGCUGCACGCUCGUGCAGAACGAGAAGGAGGUCGAGGCUCGGUCGAACAACCUUCAGGUCGGGUAUCAGGCUCCUUCGGGGAUGGCUUAUCCUCAAUAA